UUGUAACCUUCAGCCAGCCCCUGUAGUAUCCGUGAUUUAAAUCGUGGCUCUCCGUUUUCUCAAAUCUCUGCCUUCUCAUUCCUUUUUUUGGGAGCGCUAACCACAAAGCCAGCAAAAUGAAAACGUGGACUCUUUCUUGUUUGCUGUGUAUGGCAGCGGUCCUCCAGGCUACUUUAGCAAAACCAACCCAGGAGAAGCGUGACCGUGUCCAUCAUGGCCGAGAUCUUAGUGACCAUGUUCAUAAUGAUGCUGAAGAUUUUCAGUAUGACCAUGAAGCAUUCCUUGGGAAAGAAGAAGCUAAAACAUUUGACCAGCUUACUCCUGAAGAGAGCAAGGAAAGACUUGGAAAAAUUGUGGACAGAAUUGAUAAAGACAAGGAUGGCUUCAUUACUCACGCAGAGCUGCAUUCCUGGAUCAAGUACACCCAGAAGAGGUACAUAGAGGAAGAUGUGAUGAAACACUGGCGUGAAUAUGACGUGAACAAGGAUGACAAGGUCUCCUGGGAGGAGUACAAGAAUACUACUUAUGGAUUUUAUAUGGAUGAGGAGUUUGAGGGAGUGGAAGAUAAAAACAGUUACAAGGCCAUGCUGGCUCGAGACAAGCGCAGAUUUCAAAUGGCUGACCAGGAUGGAGACCAGAUUGCAACCAAGGAAGAAUUCACAGCCUUCUUGCACCCGGAGGAGUAUGAACAUAUGAAAAAUGUGGUGGUGCAGGAAACAAUUGAGGACAUUGACCAAAACGGCGAUGGUUUUAUAGAUGCGAAUGAAUAUAUCGGCGACAUGUAUGGCAGUGAGACUAAAGAAGAAGAGCCUGACUGGGUGAAGUCUGAACGACAACAGUUUAUUGAUUUCCGAGAUUUAAACAAGGAUGGGAAGCUAGACUCGGAUGAAGUUGCCCACUGGAUUUUGCCUGGGCAAGUGGAUCACAUGGACAUUGAGGCUAAACACCUUAUUUAUGAAAGUGACAAGGACAAGGAUGAGAAGCUGACCAAAGAGGAGGUUUUGGGCAACUGGAACAUGUUUGUGGGCAGCCAGGCAACUAAUUAUGGAGAGGACCUUACAAAGAAGCACGAUGAGCUCUGAAAACGAGCUACAUUGAUUGAGAGGCAGAAGCCAAAACACAAGGAUCAGCUAGUCAUCCAACAUUGACGCUUUUACAUUUGACCACAGUGGGAUGUCGGGGGGGGGGCGUCUUGGGGAGGGGGCUUUCUAAGGUCUCUUCAGUGUAACCUGUUUUCCUUCUGCCACUCCACUUCAUGCAGAGUUGAACACUUCAGCAUGUCAGAGCACAACAGAUGGCCAUAUAUACCACGCUGCCAACUACUGCUCCAGCCUUGCUGUUUGACAAACAAAGCCUUCUGCACAACUGUGGCUGUUCUAAGCUAGUCAAAAGUUUGCCAACUCUUUACCCUGGACGUUUAAAUCAGUUCACUCUACCUGCAUAGCUUUAUCAUACACACGUGCACCCUGAUGUGAUGGUCGCAGAGCUGAACAAUGACAUGCCAGUCUGAAAAUGAUGGGCAUAUUUAUGGCAGUCAGUAUCCUACAGAAGAAGAGCUUUUUGGAUUUAUGCAAUGCAAAUAAGGAAAUAGCACAGCAGAAGGCGGUAUAUGUUUUUUACUGUAAAUAUCUAUAUUUUCCACAACUGCUUAUUUUUCUGAGUGCUUAGAGUCUGCAUCAGUUUACUUUUAAUUCAAGUGUUUUUUUUUUAUACAGUGAACUGAAUUGCCCAUGUUUUUGGAUUAAUUGUGUAUCUCUGGAAUGGUGUGCCUACUCUGCCCUUGUCUGUGUGAUAGCAGGAUGCACAAGGGCCUGAGCUCUCCAGGUUUAAGCCUUUAGAAAAGUGGCAGCUCCCACCUCCUGACUUGACUGGUUGAAUCAUUUGCUUAACUUAGUUUUCACAGCUUUGUUCAGUUAACAGAUUGAAAACUCGGUGCUACUAAAACAGAACUUAGAUUUUAAAAUGUUAACUUGUCCUGAAAAGCAUAGCACAAUUCCUAUACCUUCAUAUAAAGUAUGUGGAAGGUCAGCCGUUGAUGAAAUGUCAGAAUUUAAUUCAUGCAAGAGUGCUUGGGCAAACAUGUUAAGAUGCAAAGGCCCUUCGGUUUGGGCAUACAGACGGCUUUAGUUCCAUCGUUUGACUUGAUGGAAAUCACACGCUGCUCUUGCUCUAAAGAAGCUGGAGCUGCAGUUGUUGAGGGAAGCCAAAGCAAGAUUUAAAUGUGAAUCUUAUUUACUUUAAUUGUCUCCAAUUUUGUUGUGAUUCAAUUUACUCGACAUUCAAUGUUGUCACACUGCCACUUAGCUCAACUGAAAAAAGUGUAACAGAAUGAUUUUGGCUCUCAAGAUCUAUUUUUUAAUGAUACCAUUUGACAGUGGAAUAAAAAUAAGACUACAUAA